CUUGAAGUUAUUGUAGACACAUUUUUGAAAUGCAGAAGUGGUUUCUGUCUGAAUAUGUAGAACCGCUUGAAGGGCUUCACAGGCUUUUGGAGGUUGACAGGGUCACUGUGAAGCAAAUAAAAAAGAACCAAAGUUCAAAGUUACAUGAUGCAGUAGUUUAUGAAGCCCUGCUAGAUACUUCUGAACUUCUUUUAAAAUUUGUUGAAAAGUCUAGCUUUGCACAAAGAUUUUGGUGUGGAUCUCACAGAGCAUUCGAUAUGGAAGUGCGAAAUGUGAACGGAAAACUUGUUAUGCAUCUCCAACGGCCAUUGAAGUGUUCAGCAGUUGUAUGUUUUUGUUGUCCUUAUGAAAUGAAAGUUGAAGCUCCAGUAGGUGAACCAAUGGGUAGUAUUGUUCAAAAUUAUGGACGAUUCGGUCAUACAUUUUACCUGAAAGAUUGGAAUGAUAAUAUAAAUUUAGAUAUAAAAGGUCCUUGGUUUUCUUAUACCUGUUGUUUUGAUCUUAUUUUUAAGUCUUCUGCGAACUGAUAUUCAGUGAAAUUUCUGGUUAUCCCAUUCGAUGAUGCUGAUUCAAAUACCAAGAGAAAUACGUCAACUAUUAUGAAACGCUGGUAAAUCAGGGUUUUCUAUCAAUUGUACACAAUUAUCUAAUACUGUAAAUAAAACUUCCGAAAAUGGUGUCAUUAAGAUUAGUAGGUGAAUUUCAACUUGCUUGAAAGAAUUUGAUCAGUACGGAAAAACAACAACAUACUGCUCACUAUAUAAAAGUAAACAAUCACCUACUGUAAACGUUAUGUACAGAUUUAUGCACAUGGACAUAAUAGAUCAAUUGGACGGAUAAUAUGUCGUCGAGAUCAAGAAAAUGAUAGUUUUCGUGUUGACUUCCCUUUAGACUUGGAUUAUCGUAUGAAACUUUUGCUUAUUUGUGCUGCAAUAUUUUUGAAUACAAAGUAGUUUCUAACACA